AUGGAGAGAGAAGACCAAAAGUUGUCGCUAACGUCACCUUUGAUUCGGAAAUCCGGCGAAAAUGAUGAUUUGACGCUGAGCAACGAACAGAAAUCAAGCAAUGGAAGUGAUACAAGGAAGAACAUUUUUGAGGAAGUGAAGAAACAGCUAUGGCUAGCAGGGCCUCUAAUAGCUGUGAACCUGUUGCAGUAUUGUAUACAGAUGAUAUCAGUGAUGUUCGUUGGUCAUCUUGGUGAGCUAGCUCUGUCUGGUGCUUCCAUGGCUACUUCCUUUGCAACAGUUACUGGCUUCAGCUUGCUGAUGGGGAUGGCAGCUGCACUGGAUACUCUUUGCGGCCAGUCAUAUGGGGCAAAGCAGCAUUCUAUGCUGGGCAUACACAUGCAAAGAGCCAUCAUUGUUCUUGAAAUUGUGAGCAUACCCCUUGCAAUUAUAUGGGUAAACACAAGACCAAUUCUAGUUCUUCUUGGUCAAGAUCAUGACAUAUCAAAGGAAGCAGGAGAGUAUGCCCGUUUCAUGGUUCCGAGCAUUUUUGCAUAUGGUCUUCUUCAAUGUCUAGUCAAAUUCUUGCAAACUCAAAACAUUGUAUUCCCAAUGAUGAUAUGCUCUGGAAUUACAACUUUACUGCACAUUCUUGUCUGUUGGAUCAUGGUUUUCAAAUCUGGCCUUGGAUCUAGAGGAGCUGCCUUGAGUAAUGCAAUCUCCAAUUGGAUAAAUGUGUUCUUGUUGGUGUUAUAUGUUAAGUUCUCUCCUUCAUGUGCAAAGACUUGGGCAGGAUUUUCAAAGGAGGCCUUUCACAAUAUUUUCUCUUUUCUUCGACUUGCUAUUCCAUCAGCUAUUAUGGUCUGCUUGGAGAUGUGGUCAUUUGAAAUGAUGGUUCUGCUAUCAGGUCUUCUUCCUAAUCCAGUGUUACAAACUUCAGUGCUCUCUAUUUGCCUUAACACUGCUGCCACAGUUUGGAUGAUACCCUCUGGACUCAGUGGUGCAGCAAGCACUCGGGUCUCAAAUGAAUUAGGAGCAGGGCAUCCAGAAGCAGCACGUUUAGCUGUAUAUGUUGUGAUAGUCAUGGCCAUUUCUGAGGGCCUUUUGGUGGGAUCAAUCUUAAUAUUGAUUCGCAACAUUUGGGGCUAUGCUUAUAGCAAUGAAGUAGAAGUAAUUAAGUAUGUAGCAGCCAUGAUGCCGAUUCUAGCAAUUUCAAACUUUUUAGAUGGCAUCCAGUGUGUUCUCUCAGGCAUUGCUAGAGGAUGUGGAUGGCAGAAGAUUGGCGCUUAUGUCAAUCUCGGAUCUUAUUAUUUAGUGGGGAUUCCAUGUGCUAUUUGGUUAGGUUUCGUACUUGAUGUUGGUGGAAGGGGUCUCUGGCUGGGAAUCAUAUGUGCACUUAUUGUCCAAGUAACUUCUCUUAGUAUUAUUACAAUACGAACUAACUGGCAGCAAGAGGCAAGCAAAGCUGUGGAGAGAGUCUAUGACUAUGUGAUCCCGGUGGAAGUUGUGUCAUGAAGGUUAUUUUUCAUCUCAUCCAAGGAGAAACUUAAAUGUUUCACCUAAAAAUUGAAGGUGCUGGAGCCACAUACAUUCUACAGAUGUUUAGGGACUUAAUUCUGUUCGAAUCUAUUUUAAGAAUGGCAGAAGUUGCUUUGUAGGAAUUAAAUAAGGAACGUACUCGUAAAUUUUUUGCUAAAAAAUUUAAACAAAUAGAAGUCAGUUUCUGGAAGCAAUGAGUAAAUGAAAAUUCUGCUA